AUGGACUCUUCAAUUUCUUCAUCAUCAGAUCUUCAUCGUCAAUCAUCUUAUGUUGGUUUAAGGGAUUGGGUCCUGGAUAAUGGACCUUGGCAUAUUCAGAAUAAACCAUUGUUCUUGAGGAGCUGGUCACCUGAAGGGCUUAGUUAUCUUGCUAGUGCUUUAGGUAACCCAUUGUACAUGGACACUAUUACAACUUCAAGAGAGAGACUCGAAUAUGUUAAGGUGUGCGUGGAAAUUGAAGCUGGUGUCACCAUCCCAGAAUCCAUUCAGGUUAUCUUAAAGGAUGGCUCCUAUGUGAAUGUUAGAGUUCAUGUUCCUUGGUUGCCCAAAUUUUGUGCUAAGUGUAAAACAUUUGGGCACCAUGUCAAUUCGUGUAUUGAUGUCAGGCAGCCCCAUCAGAAAUCAAAAGAGGUGCAAGUUUGGAGGAAGAAGGAUAGUAAGGGCACAGAGACUGUUAGUAAGGGUAGCUUGCAUGUUACUGUUAUUACUGACACAGGGACUGCUAAUGCACCAAUUGAGAUUUCUCAAAGCUCAACAUUGCCUCCCGAUUCUAUCUGCAACCCUAAAGGAUUACUUGUGGGAAAUACUGUGGAGAGAAUAGUGCUUGCUUUACAAGAGAACAAUAUGCCUAAUUUGAUGAGAAAGUUAUCAGAUGCUUCUGUGUCACUGGAGCUGUCAGAUUCUGUAUCUACAGUACAUGAGAGGGUACCUACUGAUGGUUUCAUUCAUACACAGAGCACUGACCAAUCUAGUGAUUUCCCAACCUUACAGGAUUCCUUGAAGAAGAAGCAAAAGGGAAGGAAAAAAAGAGGUUAUUGGUUCUUCAACUUCUGGAACGUUAGGGGGAUUAAUAACCCCCGUAAACAACUGAAGGUGUUAAAGAGGUUAUUUUCUUGUGAGGUUGAUAUAUUUUGUUUGAUGGAGUCUCGUAUUCGUAGUGUGAAUUCUGUUAGCUUUACUUCUGCUUUAUCUGAUGAUUGGUAUUUUGUUGGAAAUUAUGAUUUUAUUGAAGGAGGAUAUUGGCCCCUCCUCUUGGCUGGUUGGGGGGACUUUAACAUCAUUGCCAAGGCUGAGGAGAGUUCUGAUUUUGACAUCAUGGGGAUUCACUGUACCCUUGAUAUGAAGGACUUUCAAGACUGUUUAGAAGACCUUGAGCUCAUGGACCACCCUUUCCUUGGACCUUUAUUCACUUGGUCCAAUAAGCAAGAAGGAUCCUUCCUGGCUCGAAAGUUGGACAGAAUCCUUGUUAAUGAUCAAUGGAUGGUUGAUUUCCCUGACUCGUUUGUUGAAUUCAAGGCCGAGGGAGUAUCUGACCAUUGCCUUGGAAUGUUGUGGACUCAUAAGGGCAUUAUGGCUAAGAAGCCUCGACCAUUCAAGUUUUAUAAUAUUUGGUCUGGUCAUGAAAAAUUCCUUGAUGUUGUUAGGGAUUCUUGGCAGCACCAAUAUGGUGGGGAUGUUAUGUGCUGCUUGUUCAACAAGUUGAAAAGACUUAAGCAUGUUCUUAAGCAAUUUAAUUCAAAAUUUUUUGUUGAUAUCUCUGGUAGAGUCAAAGCCAAGAGGGCAAAAUUGGAGCAGAUUCGGAUUUUCAAUCUAGCUCAAUUUAAUCAGAGGAGGAUUGAAGAAGAAAUGAAGGUUCAUACUGACUUAGUUGACUUGAAAGUUGCUGAAGCUGCUUUCUAUAGGCAAAAAGCCAAGGUCCAUUGGCUAAGAGAGGGUGACUUGAAUACAAAGUUUUUUCAUCAAAGGGUUCUCUCCAACAAGAAAAAGAAUUCUAUUAGGGUCAUUAAGAGUGAGGAUGGGUGUUCAGCUGUAGCUUUGAAGGACCUGUUGAACUACUCCUUGCCAGAAGAUGCAGACACCUUACUAACAAAGGAUGUGACUGAUUUGGAGAUUAAAGAAGCUCUUUUUAAGCAAGGUGUGUACAAAAGCCCAUGUCCUAAUGGUUAUACUUCUGGCUUCUUUAAAUCUGCCUGGAGCAUUGUUGGCAGUGAUUUCAUUGCUGAUGUAAGAAUCUUGGUUAAUAGGCUUACACCUUUUUUCCCUGGCAUGAUUUCCUACAACCAGUCAGCCUUUGUUAAGGGUAAGAGUAUUGUUGAUAACACCCUUUUAGCCCAGAAUAUUGUUAAAGAUUACUCUAGGAAAGGACUUUCUCCUAGAUGUGUUGUUAAAAUUGAUAUACAUAAGUAUUUUGACUCAAUUAACUGGGAUUUUUUGCUGACUGUUUUUGAGGCUAUGGGCUUUUCUGAGGUUUUCUGUCACUGGAUCAGGGUUUGUAUUACUACCCCAAAAUAUUAUGUGUGCUUGAAUGAUAGUUUGGUGGGGUAUUUCAAGGGGGCAAGGGGGAUUAGACAAGGUGAUCCAUUGUUUCCUUAUCUUUUUGUCAUGGUGAUGAAUGUUCUUUCUGCUAUGUUGAACAAAGCUGCUAAGCAUGGAAUUUUUAAAUUUCAUCUUAAAUGUAGAAGAAUCUCCCUAACUCACCUUAGUUUUGCUGAUGAUCUCCUUGUAUUCUGUCAUGGCUCUCUUGAAUCUAUUCUUGGUGUUCAAUGUAUUCUCGAAGGGUUUUAA